AUGGAACGUCAACAAACGGAACCAAUCCCAGUGAAGAAAGUUACUGUUAAGGACUUAUCACAAAUACCAUCUAACCACGGUACAACUCCAGGUGGAACCUUGUUCAGUACUACUCCGGGUGGCACUCGUAUAAUAUAUGAACGCGAUUUUAUUCUCAACUGUCGCAACUCACCACUUGCUCGAACCCCACCAUCUGACAUGAUAUUCUUACCAGAAAUAACUCCUUCCAGCUUAAAUGAUGACAAGACAGUCCAUCCGUGUAAUGGUCACAAGGUGAAAGAUUCUCUAAAUGUGCCUGAAUCAACAUCAAAUGAUCAUAGCAGACUCAGCAAAGGCGAAGAAGCACCAUUUGAAAUGGAUAUUUGA